AUGACUCUACAACCGGAUUCUCCCGCAGGAUACUGGAUCGGCUACCAAAUCCUCUUCGCAGCCGGAAUAGGCAUGAGUCUCGAACAAUGCAACGUCGCAGUCCAACGCGUCCUUCCCUCUCAUCACCUCCCCGUAGGAAUGAGCCUUACGAUUUUCGCACGCUCGCUCGCUGGGACUUUCGCAUCUGCUCUAGGCCAGAAUGUCUUUCAGAGCACUUUAGCUAAAGAAUUGGGUGAAAUUCUUCCAGUAGAGGAUUUUCAGGGCAAUGUUGGUGUUACUGCUAUGAUUGAUGCACUGCAGAGGAAAUAUGGACGGGAUGUGGCGUUUUAUGAGGAGAUUUUGAGAAGGGUGAAUUUUAGUGUUACGAGAUGUUUUAUGGUGGUUUUGGUUAUGGCUUGUUUGAGUUUGCCUUGCGCUGCGUUGGUGGAGUGGAAGAGUGUUGGGGUUGAUGAUAAGGAAAGGGUGGAGGAGGAGGAUUGUUGUUGGGUGGAUGGGAAUUAUGGGUCUGAGGAGAGGUUGUGUGGGAAGGAGGGUGGUUGA